AUGGCUAAGAUUAAAACUGGCUAUCAUGGCUCACAUCUCUUUGAGAGUGGCAAGAAUGGGAAAGGAAAGGUUAAGAAUGGAAUGAAAGGAGAUAAUGCUAUCAAAAAUACUUCUGAGUCAGUGAAAGAGAAGCAAGACCAGUCUGCUAGUGUACAAAUUCCUGACGAGGAGGAUAACAAUGACUUUCUGUUAGGCCUGGCAGGACUGGACCAAACACUGGGGUCAAAGAAAGACUACGAAUACAGAAUCCAGAAUCGUAAACUACAGAAGGUAAUGAAAAAAGUGAGUUCCAAGUUAGCAGCUCAAAAAGCGAUGAAUGAAACUUUUAUUCGUGCAAUUGUAAUGGAAAUACUUGAGUCCCAGCCCCAAUGUCUGCAUCACCAGACAAGUCUGCCACCAGUUUUGCAGGACAAGCUUAUGAACAUUAUUGACCAAAAUCUCUUCAGUUCCCCAAAAACCUUUCGUGCCCGGAAAGAUAUACAUGAAAGAAGAUAUUGUUACACCAAGCACUAUUGA